AUGGAGAUAGUGUUAUCAACCAUAUAUUGCAAAUUUUGGUUAAAAUCUUCUAAACUAUUGGCAAGCUCUUCUGGUGUAUCCAUCACAUGUGUUGGGACAGCAGAACUAGAUGAAGGACAGCGUGUUAAUGUUAUUGACAUCCCAGGAUUAUUUGAUUUGUCUUCUGGAUCUGAGUAUGUUCGAAAGAAAAUUGUCAAAUGCAUUGAUUUGGCUAAGGAUGGGAUACAUGCUGCCAUUUUGGUGUUCUCGGUUAGAACACGCUUUACUGAGGGACAAGAAACUGCUUUAUUUGGAAGCAAAAUUGUAGAUUACAUGAUUGUGUUCUUCACCGGAGGAGAUGAUUUGGAAGAAAGUAAAGAGAGCUUGGGGGAUUAUUUAGGUCGCGAAUCUCCAAAGGCUUUAGAGGAAAUUCUUGGUCUGUGUGAGAAUCGUGUUGUACUUUUUGAUAACAAGACUAAGGAUGAAGGGAAACGUUCUGGACAAGUUCAAGAACUUCUCUAUUUUGUAAACAUUGUUCUAUCACGAAAUGGUGGACGACCUUAUACAGAUGAGUUGUUUACAGAACUGAAGAAGCGAGCAAUGGAGCUGCAUAAGCAACAAAGAAAGGUUGAUUCUUUUAAAGAAGAAUAUGCUAAAGAUGCAAUAUCGGAGUUUGAAAAGCAAAUACAGCAAACAUAUGAUGAUAAAUUAAAGCGAAUUACUGAGAUGCAGCUUUGCAAUAGCAUAUGUGCAAGGGAGUGGUCACUGUUUCAUCUUGAUGUUAAAUCUGCAUUUUUACAUGGUCCCCUUGAUGAAGAAGUGUAUGUUAUGCAGCCACCUGGAUUCAUUAAGAAGAAGAAGGAACACUAGGUAUACAGACUGCAGAAGGUGCUUUAUGGACUGAGACAAGCGGAUUGACUCAUUUUUAAUCAAUCUGAAGUUCAACAAAUGUAUAGUCGAGCAUGGAGUAUAUGUAAAGGGAGAUUCAGAGGAAGAUUUGUUAUCAUCUGCCUAUAUGUAGAUGAUCUACUUGUCACAAGACCAAAUCUAGACAACAUAGAUGAGUUCAAGAAAAUCAUAGAAGCUGAAUUUGAGAUAACUGACUUGGGAAGAUUGAGCUACUUUUUGGGGAUGGAAUUCACCUAUACAACUACUGGAUUAGUAAUACAUCAGAGGAAGUAUGCAAAUGAUUUUCUGAAAAGAUUUAACAUGAUGGAGUGCAAUAUUACAAGGAGUCCUAUGGAAGUCAAUCUAAAGUUGAUGAAGGAUGACUCUGAGAAGGAUGCGGAUGAAACAAAGUUCAAGCAGAUCAUCGGUUCAAUACGUUUCAUUUGUAAUAGCAGACCUGAUUUAGCUUUCUGUGUGGGAGUGAUUAGCAGGUUUAUGAGCAAACCAAAGGAAUCUCAUAUGCAAGCUACAAAGAGGGUGUUAUGGUACAUUAAAGGCUCAAUGGACUGUGGGGUGUUAUUCCCUACUAGAAGAAAGAAAACUGUAGAGGAGAUAACAGGUUACAUAUACUCAGAUUAUGGAGGUGAUCCGAUUGAGAGAAAGAGCGCUUCAGGUUAUAUCUUCAUGUUGAAUUAUGCUCCUGUUUCUUAGUGUUCUAAAAAGCAACCAGUGGUGGCACUCUUAAGUUGUGAAGUUGAGUAUAUAACAGGGAGUUUUGCUACGUGUCAAGGCGUGUGGAUCAAAGAGCUUAUGGAAGAGUUGAAGGUGCCUAUGAAGAAGCCAAUUCAGUUGAAGAUUGAUAAUAAUUCAGCAAUCAACUUAGCCAAGAAUCUCAUUAGUCAUGGAAGGAGUAAACAUAUAGAAGUUAAAUUUCAUUUCUUAUGGGACAUAGUGAAUAAGGAUAGAAUUGUUUUAGCCCACUGCAAAACUGAGGUGCAGUUGGUUGAUCUAUUUACUAAGCCUUUAAAGAUUGAAAAGUUUGAUAUGUUGAAAGAAACAUAGGAGUUGUUUCUCUUAAGUAUCUGACUUAGGGGAAAAUAUUAGAUAUUAUAAGUCAGCUUUUGGUG